AAACGGAGAGGCAGCAGUUGUUUAUCACAACCUCGCCUCAGUGAGGCCUGAGAUUCUUUCCAACGGGAGCUUUGCUUCCCAUGACGCAGAGUGAAGUGCCAACUGGGAUCUUUCUGGUAAAACUGAAAGCAAGAAAAGCAGGGCGUGAGCCCCCUUGAGACUCUGGGUGGGGAUUAGGGGGAGUUCAGGUGCCAUCCCCAAGUGACAGAUGGAUCAACCUUUCAUCUGAGAGAAAGGAGGAGACACGUUGGCAAAUCAACCUCAAACCUCAGAUUGCUGCCGAAGCAAUCAUAAGAAGGAAAAGGACAGAUACAAGCUAGGGGGAAAGAUCGAAAAGCAAGAAGGGCACGAAUUGUGACAGACUCACCAUUUCACCAGCUACGCCUCCAAACCAGAAGCAAAAUGUCCCUAAAAUUGCCAAGGAACUGGGAUUUCAACCUGAAAGUGGAGGCUGCGAAGAUAGCUCGGUCAAGGAGUGUGAUGACUGGCGAGCAGAUGGCGGCCUUCCACCCGGCGUCCACCCCCAACCCGCUGGAAAGGCCCAUCAAGAUGGGCUGGCUGAAGAAGCAGAGGUCCAUCGUGAAAAACUGGCAGCAGAGGUACUUUGUGCUGAGGGCACAGCACCUCUACUACUACAAGGACGAGGAGGACAUGAAGCCACAGGGGUACAUGUAUCUACCAGGAAGUACAAUCAAGGAGAUCGCCACAAACCCAGAAGAGGCUGGGAAGUUUGUCUUUGAAGUCAUUCCAGCCUCAUGGGAACAGAGUCGCACAGGACAGGACUCCUAUGUCCUCAUGGCCAACUCCCAGGCAGAAAUGGAGGAGUGGGUUAAAUUCCUCAGGAGAGUUGCUGGCACACCCUCUGGAGCGGUGUUUGGCCAGCGUUUGGAUGAGACUGUGGCCUAUGAACAGAAAUUCGGCCCCCAUCCAGUGCCCAUCCUGGUGGAGAAGUGUGCAGAGUUCAUCCUCGAGCAUGGCCUGAAUGAAGAGGGCAUCUUCCGGCUGCCUGGCCAGGACAACUUGGUGAAGCAGCUGAGAGAUGCUUUUGAUGCUGGGGAGCGGCCCUCCUUUGACAGAAACACGGAUGUGCACACCGUAGCCUCCCUGUUAAAGCUCUACCUGCGAGACCUCCCGGAGCCAGUGGUCCCCUGGAGCCAGUACGAGGGCUUCCUGCUCUGCGGGCAGCUCAUGAAUGCGGAUGAGGCAAAGGCCCAGCAGGAGUUGAUGAAGCAGCUCUCCAUCCUUCCUCGUGAGAACUAUAGUCUCCUGAGCUACAUCUGCAGGUUCCUGCAUGAAAUCCAGCUGAACUGCACCGUUAACAAGAUGAGCGUGGAAAACCUGGCUACUGUGAUUGGUGUGAAUCUUAUCAAGUCGAAGGUCGAAGACCCUGCUGUGAUCAUGAGAGGGACCCCUCAGAUCCAGAGAGUGAUGACCAUGAUGAUCAGAGACCAUGAAGUCCUCUUCCCCAAGUCCAAGGAUGCACCCCUGUCACCUUCUGCCCAGAAAAAUGACCCCAAGAAACCUCCAGUGGCUCGAAGCUCUGUGGGCUGGGAUGCCACUGAAGACCCCCCAAUUUCUAGGACAGACAGUUUCAGUAGCAUGACCAGCGACUCUGAUGCCACUAGCCCCACUGGACAGCAGCCAAACGACAGUUAUCUAGAGGACAGCAGCAAAGCCCCCAGGGAAAACCCAGGAGAUUGGAAGGUGCAGUCACGGAAAAGGACUCAAACACUCCCGAACCGGAAAUGUUUCUUGGCAUCAGCUUUUCAAGGCGCCAACAGCAGCAAAGUGGAGAUCUUUAAAAAUGAGUUCUGGUCGCCUUCCUCAGAGGCUAAAGCCAGUGAAGGGCACAGGAGAACAGUGUCUCAAGAUUUGCGCCACCUUUCUGACUCCCAGCGGACUUCCACCUAUGAUAAUGUCCCUGCCUUGCCAGAGUCCCCUGGGCACGAAGCGGGUGCGCUUUCUUCCCACACCUGUGACUCCAAGGGAGAGACUCCUGCCAGCCCAAACUCUGCAACUGGGCCUGGGAAAAAGAACUGUGGAGAAGAGGAACUUGAUUCUUUGCAGAGGAUGGUCCAGGAGCUACAAAAGGAAAUAGAGACUCAGAAGCAAACGUACGAGGAACAGAUUAAAAACCUUGAGAAGGAAAAUUAUGAAGUGUGGGCUAAGGUGGUGAGGCUCAACGAAGAGCUGGAGAAGGAGAAGACGAAGUUUGCAGCCUUGGAAAUCAGCCUCCGCAACGUGGAGCGCUCCCGGGAGGACGUCGAAAGGAGGAACAAGGCCUUGGAGGAGGAAGUCAAGGAAUUCGUCAAGAUGAUGAGGCAGCCCAAGAGCGAUGCUUGAGGUUCCAACAGUGCCACAGCGACAGCUCGACAGAAGCCCAACUCUGCUCCUUUUUCAUGCUACCUGAAGACGGAGAAGCAAAUUACUCCAUAAGAGGGAAAGGACAUUUGAGGGUACACAUCACGGUGAGGAGGGACAUUCGUGGACAUCUAUGACAGCCUGUUGCCAUAUUCAAAGCGAUUGCAUUAUUCCACCAUGGCGUCAGGCAGAGUGAGGUGGAACCUUCCGUGGCUGGAUGACCUUGUCCGGCAGAGACAUUUGAGGACCCAUUUGAGGCCCCAACCAGAGCCCGGGCUGAGGCGUUCAUUUCUUGUUUUCUGUGUGGAACAAUUCACGUUGUCAGAUGGUCUCUGGGCAUCUCUGAGACACAGGCGCAGAAAAUGAUAUUGAGCUUUGGAGUGUGACUCAUGGAGUGCUGUGUUUUGGGGGCUGCCAUUCUGGGAAGCCAGAGCCCCAUUCUGCCGCCCCCACCGAGAUGCACAUUCUCCAGGGGUUCUUAAACGUGUUAUUAGAUGAAGACAAAACAAGCAAUAAACUGUAUUUAUGAAAGCAAAACCAAGGAGAAAGUUAGUUUAAAUAAAGCAGAAAAAAAAAAAAAAUAGAUAUUCUCAAAUGUGCUUUCAGCUCUGGAGACCACUGCCCAGUUUCUUAGCAAGUAUUACCUGUACCAGUUUUACAUCUUUCACCACAUUGCUCCGGUAAAUUUAUGUGCACCCUUGAAGUCCCCUGACUUAAUUAGUGGUUUGAAAUCUCUGGUUCCCACAGUGAGAAUUUAGCCUUCCCCAGACCAGGUGCCUCCUCUGCUAUUCCUGUUUUUCCCUUUGUUUUCCUCACUCUGGUUAAUCCCCGCACCUGGGGUCAUGCUCAGUCCCCAUAGAGUGAAGGUACAGAUCUGGAGUGUCAGUCUUGCUAUUCAGGCCCUGCUCCACCACCCCCAUCCCCCUGAGGACCAGAUUGGAGAGGAAGGAUGACACAGAGCAUCUUUUUUUAGGCCUGCUUGCAGAAGAUUGGGGGGAUGGGAGGGGGUGGGAAACUCGUUUGGAACAUUCUGAAGAAAAGCAAUAAAAUAUGUGAUUUCCUGGG